GUUAAUCACAUUAACAUAAAAUGCAGUUAGUUUAAUGUGCUAGUCAAGUAGUACAAAUUAUUGUUAUAACAUAUUUUGCAUGUCAGUCAACUGACUAAAAGCAGCGGUCUAUUUUUAUCUAUAAUCAGCAGCGACAACAGGUUACAAAGAUCAUAGGUAAUUACUGUAAGCUUGUGUUUUAUGUAGGCUAAGUACAAAGAUAACAUACACAAUCACAAAUAGCAGAAUGAUUCAACUCCAGGAAUGCAACUGUUUUAUUAGGCUAUGUAUUUUUAAUAACAAAACAACUUAAUGUUAAUUUACAUAAACAGAAACCAUUUUCAAGGGUAGCUUUUAAACAUUCAUAAAGACAAACAAGCACAUACAGUAGCCUAUUAUUGCUGUAAUUAAAGUUAUUUAAAAUAUAACACUAUGAACAUCCGCACAUUUAAAGCUAUAGCUCCCUCUGCUGCUAACAGCUAGCAUUACCUUUAGUUUGAUAUGAAUGCCUUUAUGCAUGUAUAACUAAUAAUCAAUUAAAAAUAAUAAUAAUAAACAUUUUCCACGUGAGCAAAACGACUUCAUGAAAGGUUCAUAAUCGUCCAGGCUUUUUAAACUAAUUAUUAAACUAAAUUAAUUUCUGUGAAGUGAAACAUGCACGCGCUCUACUGGAUCGAUUAUGGCAGUGCAGUAUCAUUGGCGCAGAAGCCUUCAUUUUGGUUGCUAGGAAACAGUCAACAGUCAGAGCAAGUGCGUGUGGACGUCGAAGGAAAUACAGCAAGCAUGCCUAAAAAAGCAGGGAAGAAAGGAGGCGGGAAACUAGUGGGGAUGACAGAAGAGGAGAAGCUUCUGUACAUGCAGCAGAAGGCUCAAGCUGAGGACGAGACGGCCAAGAGGAAAGAGGACAUGCUCACACACUUCCUCAAGGAUAAACUGCAGAAAGAGGAGAGAAACAGCGUACUGAAUCUCCAUAAGCUGCGGCAGCUAUGGCGCUCUGUUUUAACACAGACCAAGACAGCAGAGCUACGCAACGACAUGUCAGUGCUCAGCCAGAACUUUGAGAGAGUCCUGGACUACAAAGACAACAUCAUUAAGAGUUUGGUGGUUGAUCUGUCUGAGAGGGAGCAGCAGUCAGAGCUGGCACGCAGUUCUCAUCUGCAGAACCUGGACUAUCUGUUAGAGAUCCAUAGGAGUCGACUGGCAGAACUACAGCUGAACUUCACCACAAAUCUAGAAGAACUUGGUUCAGAGUAUAAUACUGAGAGAGAGCAAAUUGUUUCAGAGCACCAGCAGGAGAGUAUGUAUUUGGAGAAGGUGAUGUUUUCCAUGGAAAAGCAUUAUGCUGAUCUUGACAAUGAGGCUAGACGUGACUACGAGAGCACUCGCAAUCAAAUAAAAAAACAGAACAAAGAGGAUAAGCAAUCAGUGAAAGAUCAGAUGGAAGGGGUGGUGGAAAAACUGUGGCGGGAACUUCAGCAGGUUUUACACCACUACAAUGAGACCACUAAAGACAGAUUCAUCGCAACUGAGUCUCUGCAGAUCAAGGAUGGACAAAGUGCUAAAGAGAUUGACACGCAUAAAAAGCACAUUCAGAAGCUGCAGGAGUCUAUCUCUGCUCUGCGCUGUCAGCUGAGCUCCAGUCAAAGCGGAGUAACAGCUCAGCAGCUUCAUUCAGGCCGUGAAGAGCUCGCCCAGAAAGUUCAACAUUUCAGAGUCCACCUCGCUGAGGGCCAAGCCAUCCGGAGAAAGCAGCUCACCAAACUUACCAUUCAAAGCAGCGAUGCUACUAAAAAACUGCAAGAGAUUGUAGCCAUGGGUGAAAGGUUGAUUCGUCUCUCUGAGAUGUGUAGUAAGAUGGAGACGGAGUAUGAGAAGGUUCUGCCCUUCUACACAUCCUCACUGAGUGAAGAAGAGCUGAAGAAGGAGAGAGCCAAUGCCAUGGAGCCGCCGACUGAGAAACUUGCUCAGCUAACGCUUGACUAUUUGCCUCUUGAGAAGUUCUGGCAACGGUACAACAAGGUUCAGCUUGAACAUUUGUGUCUGAAGCGAGAGAAAACACUGCUGUUACAGGAAAAUGAACGACUGAGGCUCUAUCUGAAGCAGUAUCUGGAUGAAGUUUCGGUUUCUGAUGAGAGUUUUCGGCAACAGAAGCUUCUGGUGGUGUUAUCUCCUUCUCUUCAGGACACCGCUGCCACUGAGAGACGCGAUCAGAAGCGCUAUGUGGUCCAAGAAGCAGCAAAUAUUGUGCACAAACAGUUUUAGGGAAUAAAAUGCAUUAUGUAAUGCAGAAGUGUUUCUGGUUGCAAUUAAAAUCAAAACAUUUAGUCUGUUUAAUGCAAUGCAAUGAUUUAAUGCAAUGAUCUCAGUGAUUUAGAUUUUAGCACACUUUCCUCACAGCUUAUGUAGGUUACAUCCAGUUGCGACAGUUCUAGAGAAAAAAGUAAGGUUUUUAAUGUCCUUCAAUUGCCUAAAGAUGGCGCCAAAUCAUUGAAGAUUCCAAAAAAUUCCAUAAUUUAUGUGGAGAGUUUUGUCCUCAUUUUGUCCUGUUUUCCAAUAUUCUAAAGCAGAAAUACUUAUCAGCAAAUUUCAGUAUGUUAAUGAACAACAAUAGCAGUAAUUCUGUGUUUUGAAAUUCUAAUAUUGAUUCUAUAGAUUUGCUGCAAGGUUUGUCUGCAUUUUUGAUAACUUCUUAUCAGAUACUGACCUGGAGUGAAUGUUAUCUUUCUUCUUUUACUCACAUUGACAUGACAAGAUUGAUAAAGACGCUAAUCACAAAUUUGCAUGAGGGACUUUAAGCCGAGGCAGUAUAAAUGAAUUCUCUCCACAAAUGUCUUUUACAUCAGGAAUAAAGCAAUUAUACAAUAAAAGCAAUUCAUCUCUAA